AUGACCACUCUUCAAGCCCAGGUUGAUGCGCUAGUGAAGGAGUUCGAGGUCUCUGCUGCUGAUUUGGACAAGUGUGUCGAGCGGUUCUUGGAGCAGGCCACGGCCAGUCUGGCCAAACCAACUGAUAAGGGCCUUCCCAUGCUUCCUACUUACCUUACUACAGUUCCCACUGGUGACGAGAAGGGCGUUUACCUUGCCGCUGAUCUCGGUGGCACCAAUUUCCGUGUGUGCUCAGUUACGUUGCUUGGCGAGGGUAAGUUCGACAUUGUCCAGGAGAAAUGGCCCACACCUCAGGAAGUUAUGCGUGGAGAUGCUGCUGGUCUUUUCAAGUUCCUGGCCGAUUGCAUGGAUGAAUUUUUGCGCAAGCAUCACGGCGAUAAGUUUACUUGCGAGGAGGGCGUCACCAUCGCGGGAAAGGUCGAUCCACUGAAGCUUGGUCUGACCUUCUCUUUCCCCAUCACUCAAACAAGUCUCAACACAGGCACCUUGCUGCGCUGGACCAAGGGAUUCGAUAUUCUGGAGCUUGUUGGCAAGGACGUUGCCAAGCUUCUCCAGGCCGAGAUCACUCGUCGUAAAAUGCCAGUUUACAUUGCUGCUACCAUUAAUGAUACUGUAGGCUGCCUUAUGACUCGUGCCUACACUACAGGAAAGGGCGUCAACACCGUUAUGGGCACCAUUUUUGGUACUGGCACCAACGCGGCCUACGUCGAGAACGUCAAAGCGAUUAAAAAACUCGAUGAUCCCAAAGACGAGGGUGGAAUCAUGGUUAUCAACACCGAAUGGGGCUCGUUUGACAACGACUUGACCGUUUUGCCAAACACCCGGUUCGACAUUGCGCUCGACAAGGUUACGCCCAACAAAGGGUUCCAUAUGUUUGAGAAACGCGUGAGCGGCUUGUUCCUGGGCGAGCUCACGCGUCUUGUUUUGCAUGAGCUCUAUGAUAACAAGGUGCUGUUUACCGGUCAAUCGACCGUCGGCAGCACUGUUCUUAAAACACCCUUCUCCAUCAACACCAGCGUGCCUUCGCUAAUUGAGGGCGACGACACCCCGGAUCUGACGGAAACUGAAGAGAUUAUCAAGGACGCCUUUGGCUACUCUACCUCGCUUGAGGAGCGCCGGGCGAUUCGCCGCGUCUGCCAGGCCAUUGGCACCCGCUCGGCCCGUCUGUCUGCAUCAGCCCUUGCUGGUCUCCUGAUCAAGAGCGACUCGUUCGAGAAGUACGAAAAGCUUGAUAUUGGAGGCGAUGGGUCUGUCGUCGAGUUCUACCCGCAUUUCGAGGAACGCGUGCGCCGUGCGUGGUGCGAGAUGGCUACAGUGGGCAGCUACAAAGAGCAGCGUAUUACGCUGGGCAUUGCCAAGGAUGGAAGCGGUGUUGGUGCUGCUCUAUGUGCACUUGUUGCUCCUUGA